CAACCACUCCUACCUACCACCCUACCACCCUACUCACCAACCAACAACCCACACCCUCACCACGCACCGCGGGGCACCAACAAUCAAAAUGCGCCCUCUCUCCCCCGUCCUCGCCUCCUUGGCCAACGUCUUCCGCAUCCCCAUCACCCGCGCCCCCGUCCGCCCAACCCUCACCAACGAAAUCCUCACUUCCUCUUCCUCCACCUCCUCCCUGCGAACCUUCUCCACGACCUCCGCCCUCUCGAAAAGAAAAGAAAGUGGCUUUAGAGGCGAUCGUCGGAUUACCUUAAUCCGCUACUUCCUCCACCACCCCCUCACUCCCCGUCCUCUCCGGUUCUCCCGCACGCGUUUCCUCCGCCACUGGACGAUCCACCGCGCCUGGAACCUCUACCAGGGAAGUCUGCGUCGGGCCCACGAACUCGAGCUCCAGCGGCAAUGGCAAUCGAUGCAGGCUGCGUGCGAGGAGCUGCGCACGGGGGCUGGGGACGGAGGAAAACUGUUCCGGAAGAGUAUGAUCAAGACGGGUGUGUUUAGGGAUUUGGUCCCGAUUGAGUAUGCGAGGUUGCAGACGGAGGGGCCUGGUAGGGAGGGGUGGAAUCAUGCUUGGAAGAGGGAUUAG